AUGUUGUCCUCGAAACUUGCUAUUGUGACAGGUGGUGGAUCGGGCAUCGGACAAGAAAUCUGUAAGAAACUGGCUUCUUCUGGUGCUCAACUAAUUGUAGCUGAUCUGAAGAAAUCUUCUGCUGAGAGUACAGCAAAACUCUUGCCUGGAAGUGGUCAUACUGCAUUUCAAAUAGAUGUCAGCAAGUAUGACGAUGUGGAACGACUCAAAGAAUUCAUUCAAUCUUCCGGUCAUCAUCCUAGAGUCCUCGAUUCUACAUUACUGAAAAUGAGCCGAGAACAAUGGGAUGAUGUGAUCAAUGUCAAUUUGAAUAGUAUUUUCAUGAUGUCUCAAAUGAUAGCUCGUGAAUCGGUCAAAAGCCAAACCUCACUUUCAAUUGUGAACGUGUCUUCCAUUGUUGGAAAGAUUGGAAACUUCGGGCAAACCAAUUAUUCUGCAACUAAAGCUGGAGUGAUUGGAUUCACAAAAUCAGCGGCGAGAGAACUUGCUACUAAAAACGUUCGUGUCAAUGCUAUUCUUCCGGGAUUCAUUCGUACUCCAAUGACAGAAGCGAUGCCACCAAAGGUUCUGGAGGCGAUGAUUUCUAUGGUUCCACAACGUAGACUUGGCGAGCCAGAAGAAAUUGCCAACGCAGUAUUGUUCCUUGCGUCAGACAUGUCAUCGUAUGUUACUGGUACAACUAUCGAAGUCACUGGUGGACUCGGCAUGUAA